AUGAGUGCAGCAGCUGAUUCCACUACAACUGAAGGAGGAGCUCCCCGUAUGACUCCUCUCGAGAAAUACAAGUUGGUUUUCCUGGGAGAUCCGGGCGUGGGAAAGACCUCAAUUAUUACACGUUUUAUGUACGAUACUUUUGAUUCAUCGUACCAAGCAACGAUCGGUAUCGACUUUUUGUCCAAGACUAUGUAUUUGGAUGAUCGUACUGUGCGUCUCCAGCUCUGGGAUACUGCCGGUCAGGAGAGGUUCCGAAGUUUGAUUCCCAGUUAUAUUCGCGACUCUAGCGUAGCUGUAAUCGUAUACGAUCUUACAAAUCGCACCUCCUUCGAGAAUACUCGUAAAUGGCUGAGUGAUGUCCGCGUCGAGAGAGGUGAUGAUGUGGUGAUCGUCCUUGUCGGGAACAAGACCGAUCUUUCUGACUCCAGACAAGUCUCUACGAACGAAGGAGAGGCGCUCGCGAAGGAACUGAAUGUUCUGUUCAUUGAGACUUCCGCGAAGUGCAACUUCAAUGUGACCGCGUUGUUCCGAAAGGUCGCGACGACGCUGCCCGGAGAGGGAAAGCCAAAGAAGGAAGGAGAGAGCGAGAAUAAAUUUAUUAAGAUCAAUGUGGAAUCCAAGGGAACCGAUGAGGCGAAAAAUGCGGGUUGUUCUUGUUAA